AUGAUUGCAUUCGCUACAUCAGAGAACCUGGCCGAACUUGCAGCCUCCGAUGUAAUCUUCAGUGACGGCACCUUCUACACCUGUCCUACUAUAUUUUACCAGAUGUACGGCAUUCACGUACAGAUUGAAGGAAUCAUGACCCCAGUUGCAUAUGCACUACUUCCCGGAAAGAGCCAGGCUAUCUACAACCGUUUCUUCACACUACUACAGGAGCACAUGUCAAACCUCCAGAUUCCAUUCCGACCCACAACAGCCUUCGUCGAUUUUGAGGUAGCAGCACACAACGCCAUCCGCAGUGUCGUCCCUGGAAUCAACAUAAAAGGCUGUUUUUUCCAUUACACUCAAUGUAUUUGGCGAAAGGCCAAGCCAACCGGACUCCAGACACUGUACCGCGAGAACGAUGACGUCAAACCACUUGUCCGCCGAGCUGCUGUUCUUCCACUCAUCCCCUUAUAA